AUGUCCGUCCCUCCUCGCUGGUGCCACUGGAUAUUUCCACUUGUGGGUAAACCAAUCGCGGACACCUCUAAUAGCCCUAGCGAGGCGUUUAGAGUUACUUCAUAUGCUACUACACGACCUCCAAUGCCCCAGUCCUCCGCCCGGCGGUUAAGCUCCUCUACGACAUCGGGGGAAGCCUCUACCGACGAAUGGCGAUCCAAUCUCGGAGUAACAGGAUGUCACAAGAACGGAACAUCAACCGUCAUGGACGCCACUGGAUGACCGUCGCCAGAGACCGGGAUGCAUGGAGGACGUGUGGUUCGCGCUGA